AUGGUGCAGGGUGAGGUGGGUAGGUCGGCCUCAGAGCCGCCGGCUGUGGCACAGGCUGUGGCACAGGCUGCGGAUAGUGGGCCGGUGCGGGUGGCGGAUGAGGCCUCGGGUAGGCCGGGUAGCUUGGAUGCUGUGGCUGUGGUGGAGGUGCUUGCUGCGGGUGUUGCGGAGCUGGAUGAGGUGAUGGAUACGGGUGCUGAGGUGGAGGUGCGUAAUGGUGGUGAGGAUGUAGCGGCUGCCCAUUGGGCACGGGGUGAACCGGUGCAUAGGGACGAGGGGCUAGGGGUGGCCGAUAUGACGGAUGGCCCGGCACUGGUCCUGGUUGCGGGGCGCGAGGUUGCGGUCGGUAUGGGUAGUGGGGAGUCGGGGGUCGGCCAUGUUGCGGGUGCUGUGGUGGAUGAUGGGGAGGAUGAGCUGGAUGUUGCACAGCAUGCUGAGCAGGGUGAUGCUGGGGGGGGUGCUGGGGUGGGUGCUGAUGUGGGUGCUGAGGUGGGUGCUGAGGUGGGUGCUGCUGAGGGUGGGGAUGUUGAUGUGGGUGGUGCUGAGUGGCGGGUUGCGCCGCGUAGCUUGGGUAGGUCGGAUUGGCUGCCAGAUUUCCGGGCGGGGGCUGAGCAGGUUGUGGCUGCUGAUGCCGAUGACUGUUCGACUGCCCAAAGUACCUGGUCCAGUUUCAACAUGAGAAAUCUCUGCCUUAAGGAAUUAUUCGUGAUAUGGCUGUGCUUUCGCACAUGGCAUCGCACGAAGCUGUCAACGAAUCACGCUUGCCGACUCUCACGAUUGUCAUGGUUCGAAAGUCCCCACAUUCUUCGAAGUACGUUCAUAUGUCGCCUUGCUCCCACAAAAUCAGCCCCUAAAGCCCUCACCCCGCACCCCCAAAUGCAAGCCCUCAUUCGUAAGUCUGCAAUGCAGAAAGAAGCCCUACACAUCCCUACACCCACUGAACUACGUAAACUUGAACUGGCAGUGGGUAGUCUCCCUUCCACAGACCCACUACGUGGGCCACGGAGCUGGCGCACGUCCUGGAGAAGCCAGACAAGCUGUCGCUUCGAAUUUAAACUUUAG